ACUGGGAAGAAUUGGAGGAUGCCGCCUUCUCCGAGGACACAAACCGCUACAGGAUGGUGUGCCCUUCUGGAGGUUUCCUGGCCCCCCACGCGCUCCCACUCCCCUUUCAGCGCUUGGCGCCGCUCUGGGGUCCUUCGCGUCCCCCUUCCAGAGGCGCCGAGUUCCUAACCUUCUAAUGUACCUGUCAAAACGAAAGGAUGUUACCGGCUCUUUGCUUCCUCUCUGGAGAAAGCUUUAUGUGAGCUGGCUAAAAUGGAUCAACCCACAAUCAAUCUAUGGGUGAAGAUGGAACCUUUCAUAGUGGGAGCCUUGCAAAUCCCACCUCCAUCCAAGUUUAGCGUGCGUUAUCUCCGGAAGAUGUCCACAUAUGUCCGGAUGCGUGCCAGUGAAGGGUAUUACCCAUACCUUUAUUGGCCUAUGUGGCGACAUAUUGCUUGUGGGAAAUUGCAGCUGGAGAAGGACCUGGCUUGGUUGUACUUUGAACUAUUUGAUAGUCUUGUUGAACGGACCUCAGAGGAGCGACUGGAAUGGGCAGAGGUGAUAUCCAACUGUGCAACUGAGGAGGAAGCAGAGAAGCAGAGGAAUAAGUUGUCUGUGGACACUCUGCAGUUCCUGCUGUUCCUCUAUAUCCAGCAACUAAACAAGGUUUCCCUUAGGACAUCUCUGGUUGGAGAAGAGUGGCCAAGUCCAAGAUCCAGGUCUUACAGUUUGAAUGGAGAAUCCACCAAUCAAAUUAAGAACUGGAAUGACAACUACCACCAAGACUUUGUCCAGAACCACCUCCAGGAUCUUCUGGAACUAUUGCUGGAUCCAGAUCAGCUCACUGCCUCCUCUCAUUCUACUCACAGUAGCCUGGUGUCACCUGAAGCGGUCCGAGCUCUCAGCUUCUUAAUUGAAGGCUGUAUAAACAAAAACAAGACUGUCCACUCUCUGCAUGAGCUUGCACUCUGGCAGUCGUUGCAUUCAAAGAGUGGCUUCUCCAAGAUCUCCCAAGCCUUCUCCUUCCCCAAGCUGGAGUCCUGGCUGAGGGCUUGCCUGAUUGGGAACCCAUUUGGAACAUCAGCCUGCCUCAAGUCCGGCAAGAAGCUUGCAUGGGCACAGCAAGUUGAAGGAACAACCAAGCGAGCCAAAAUAGCCUGCAAUACUCAUAUGGUCCCUUCAGCACACCGCAUAGUUGUGAUGAGCCAAGUUUACAAGCAAACAUUGGCAAAGAGCUCAGAUACCCUAGAAGAUUCUCAUGUGAGGCUUCAUCGUUGCUGUGAAUCCUUCAUCUAUUUGCUGUCUCCGCUGAGAUCUGUGACGAUAGAGAAGUGCAGGAAUAGCAUCUUUGUCUUGGGCCCAGUGCAGACUGUAGUUCACCUCCAUAGUUGUGACAAUGUCAAAGUUAUUGUGGUUUGUCGUCGUCUGUCUCUGUCCUCUACCACCAGUUGUACCUUGCACAUUCUCACUCCAACUAGACCCCUCAUCCUACUGGGUAACCAAGGAAUAACUUUUGCCCCCUUCCAUACACACUAUCCAAUGCUUGAAGACCACAUGGGCAGGACUGGUCUGGCUACAGUGCCUAACUAUUGGGACAAUCCAGUGUUGGUAUGCAAGGAGAACUGUGACUGGAAUGUCUUCAGACUCCUCCCACCCUCCGAGUUUUAUCCUUUUGUUGUUCCCUUUGAAAUGGAAGGAGAUACUACAGAAAUACCUGGUGGGCUGCCACCUGCAUACCAAAAGGCAUUGAGUCAACGAGAACAGAGGAUACAUAUCUGGCAGAAGACAGUGAAGGAGGCAGGGCUGACCAAGGAUCAGAGGAAAACAUUCCAAAUGCUGGUGGAAAACAAAUUCUAUGAGUGGCUCGUCAAUACAGGCAGUCGUCAGCAGCUUGACAGCCUGGUGCUUCCUGCUGCAGGUUCCAAGCAGGCAGCAGGAUAGGAGAGCUGAUGAGUUCUGGAGAUGCACCAGAUGUACCAAACUUGAAAGUGUUUUCCCCUCAAUAGAUUGGGGCCAAGUUGAUUGAAAGCUCUUGUGACUGUUGCUAAUGAAAUUGGAAACUUGGAUCUCUUUGGUGUCAUUGUCAGGGAGGAGAUGAAAGACUUUCUUUCCGUACAGCUGUUGUGGCAUCUUUCUUGUGUUGCACUUUUCUCAGGAAGCAAACCUCAGUAUCAACCAGCCAGGCCCUUGCUGUUACCACUUCUGCCCACGGAGCUGAAAGCAAAUCUUAGAUUCCUGGGAUGUAUUCAAGUGUCUGGAAAAUGAGUUAUAUCUUGAUGUGAAGCUAAGGGCAAAGUUCUAACUGCUGAGCGAACCUUUUAUUAACUGAACAUUGAUUAUUCUUUUGUAUAAAACCCACUAGAUGUAUUUUUAUACCAGUUGUUCAGCACUUCAACUAUGACAUUUAAUUAAAUUUGUUUUCAUUUCA